AUGUUCAGAAGCGUUCGCUCGCUGUCUCAUGGAGGUUCCAGAGCCCUGAGCUGCCUGAGGACUAGACAAUUUCACGUUACCAAAGCCAUCAUGACGACCAAGUGGAAUCCCGACCUGACUCCCGAACAGUUGUCGGUGCUUAGGGAUAAGGGCACUGAGAGACCCUAUACAGGGACCUAUCUAAACAACAAGGAGGAGGGAACGUACCACUGUGCUAACUGUGAUGCUCCGCUAUAUUCAAGCGGCGCCAAGUUCGACUCUGGCUGCGGCUGGCCAGCUUUCUACCAGGAGGUGUCGAAGGAUGCGUUGACAUACCACCGAGACUCGUCGCUGGGCAUGGAGAGAGUCGAGAUAUGCUGCGGCAGGUGCGGCGGCCAUCUGGGCCACGUAUUUGAAGGCGAGGGAUGGCAGAAAAUGUUCAACCAUCCUACUGAUGCCAGACACUGUGUGAACAGUGCAUCGUUGAAAUUUGCAAAAAAUUAG